AUGAAUCCUUGUGUGAGUCCGAGAGAAUUCAUUACAGCAGAAUUUUCUGGAAUAACAUUGUCUGGAAAUAAGACGACGAGGAAGAGAGUGAGACUGAGAGGAGAGCCAACGGAGGGCGAAUGUCCAUGGCAUUGGGCGACUCAGUGUUUUUAUAAUUCGUACAUUUGGACUGCAGAAUUAUUUGAAAAUGGAGAAGAGAGGAAAGGUCACAUUAAUGGGAUAACCAUUUUCCUGAAUAAUCGAAGGAUUUCUCUGACAGUCCGUGAAAUUCAUCCGAAACGGAAAGGCGGAUUUACAGUGUGUAUCCAGCCCGUUUACUGGUAUUCUGAAUUUCAUAACAUUGCACUUUUUAUAGAGACUUGGAGAUCUCAGGGUGCCACUCGAUUCAUUGUUUACUACCAUUCCUCUACAAAACAAGUCAGAUCUCUCCUCGAAUAUUACGAGAAUAUUGGAAUUUUGAAAUUGAAAUCUUGGCCAAGUUUCGGUUCAUUAUCGUCUACAGUAUCCGCUCAUUUCAAUUUCCCUUCAAUUGAUUCAUCAACAUAUCGUGUUGGACACACACUUGCUCAGAAUUUAUGUGCUCUUGAAAUGGAAACGGAGAUCGGAGCAAUUGCAGAUUUCGAUGAAAUAAUGGUUGCGGAUAGAGGACUUUUGAUUGAAUAUAUUGAAGAAACGUUGAGAAAUAAAACGCUUGGUGCUAUCAGUUUCAAUCAUUUGCUUGUUAAGUUCGACCCAAAGAUCUCUUCGAUGGAUUAUUCAGGAGUCAUGAAUCCAAUUUUUCUCAAUAGAACCGGACCAUCAAAGACAGUGUUCAACAGUUCAAGUGUAGACAUUCUUGCCACUCAUUCUGUGCGAAGAUUCAUUGGAAACGAGACUACUGUCACGGCCGCUGGCUCUCUGCUUCAUUAUCGUCAUAACAGCUACACAGAAAUUGUCGACACGGUCAAGAAGCCCUUCAAGAUGUUCCCUUCGUAUCCUCAAUUACACAUCAAACGGAUUCAGAAGAUAAUUCUCACAGUCUUGGGUUCGCCGAUUCCCCCGUACAACUCUACACUUCUUCAUACCUUGAAUCAAUGUAUCUCCAAGAUAGUUGGCGAAGGAAAGUGUCGGAGUACUGUAGCAUAUUGUAAACAAUGGAUGGAUCCGUUAACCAACUGGAUUCGAGAUGAGACCGUCGGAGUUUUUGUAGUCUGA